AUGCCGCUCGCCUCGCUCGUGCACUGGCUCAGCUCCACACCCACCUCAUCGACCCUCUCGACUCUCGCGCUCUGGGGCUCGCUCGCGGCGCUCGUGGUCGGUCUGAGAGCGUGGAGCAAGGGCUAUGUGUGCAAGGAGGAGCGUGGGCUGGCUGGGAAGACGUUCUUGCUCACGGGCGGCUUCUCUGGUGUUGGACUAGCAGUCUUCCAGCACCUCGCCGCAGCCGGCGCGCAAGUAAUCGUCCUCACUCCCGACCCUUCCUCUCCCUCGACAAUCCAGCUCCUCCUCCUCCUCCGCUCAUCCACCUCAAACGAGCGCCUGUACGCUGAGGAAUGCGACCUUGACUCGCCGGCGAGUAUCAAGCGCUUUGUUGAGGGAUGGAAGAAGGACGCGAGGGAGGGCAUGGUCAAGGAUCUGGAGGCUAGGAUUGACGGGAUUGUCUUUUGCGACGAGGGUGGCACGAUGGAGUGGCGCGAAAAGGCGGGGAGGGUGUUGACCGGCCGGCAUAUGCUCGUCCAGCUUCUCAUGCCCGUCCUACUUCGCUCGGCUGCGACUUCGACUUCGCCCAUUCGUAUCGUCAACACGCUCGACAGCCCCUUCUACGCCGCGGUCACGCCCGACACCUUCGAUCCCCCUUCCCUCGUCGCGGACCAGGCCGUCGAGAAGGCCGAAGCGUCCGCCGAGGCGAGUCGGCAGCUCUCGUCCAUCGUGCAAGGCGGCCGUGUCGCCUUGGCAAGCGUCCUUCUCUGGCGGGAGUUCCAAGCGCGCCUCUCGACAUCCGAACCGAAACCGUCGACCAAUCCUUCAGCAUCUAGCGACGCUCGAGUACCGAGCACUUCCCCAAUCCUCGCUUUCUCCGUCUCUCCCGGCGUCCUCCGCUCCUCCCUCCGCUCUCUCCUCCCCCUCUCCACCCGCCAAUCUCCUCACUCGCGCCUUCCAUCAUCCAUCUACGCCUUCCUCAGCCUCCUCAUCUCGCUCCUCGCCUACCCAUUCACCUGGAUCUUCGGCAAACGCGCGGACGAAGGCGCGCAGGUCGUCUUGGGCGCUAUCAUGGGCGAUGUGGAGCGAAAUAGUGUCGGAGGACGGGUAGUGAAGGGUCCAGACGGGCAGAGGGUGGACGCAGAGAGACUGGAGGGAGGAGAUGGACGGCAGAGGAUGCGAGUCAGGGGCGGGGCGCUGUAUCGGGAGGGUCGGGAGGUUCCCCUCCCAACUUCCGUCCGCGGCGAGUUUUGGGACGCCGAGUACAAGAGACUGGAGUCUUUGCUGGCCCGGGAAGGACACAAGGGAGCGAACGGGACGACCGGGUCGGCAACAGGGGAUGGGCGAGGGAAGGAGAAGGCGGCCUGA